AUGGAACUCAAAAUAGCUUGCAGUGGAUUACAAAAACGGUCGUACUGUCGCGUGAAGGUCUACCAAAAAGCUGGAGCAGAGAAAUAUAGGCUCGUGGGAAAAACAGAGAUUGUCCCUGAUACGCAGAACCCCACCUUCGCUCAAGGCAUCUUCCUCGACUUUCUCUUCGAAUUGUUCCAAGUGAUAGAUCAGAAGAGAUCUGGAAAUGUUGUUGGCUCUGGAUCGUGUGUCCUUGCUGACCUUGAGUCCGCCUCACAAAAAAAGGUUGCGUUAGACUUUACAUUAUCCAACGGCGACCCCAACCGUCCCGAGUCGUUACAUUACUAUGAUCCACGAAGCGCCAACGAUUACGCGAUGGCAAUCAGAUCUGUGGGAGAAAUACUCGAACACUACGAUCGCGAUAAGAAGUAUCCUGUCUACGGUUUUGGUGCCAAACUACCGCCGGACUAUACCCAUACAAGCCACCUGUUUGCAUGCAAUGGAAAUUACUUCCGCCCAGAAGUGGUCGGCGUUGAUGGAAUCCUUGACGCCUACCGCAAGGCUCUCAAGGUGGUCCACUUACAUGGCCCGACCAUGUUCUCUGAGGUGAAUGAAACGAACCAGCGUGCGAGAUAUGCUGUACGUAGGUAUUUCGUAUUAUUGAUCAUCACAGACGGAGUCAUUGUGGACCUCCAAGCUUCUAUCAAUGCGAUUGUUGACGCAUCGAAGGCGCCACUAUCAAUUAUCAUUGUUGGAGUCGGUGAUCAGGACUUAGGCUUGAUGGACGUACUCGACGCUGACGAUCACCCCCUAGUGUCAUCAUUCGAUCAUUCAACUAUGGACAGAGACAUUGUGCAAUUUGUACCUUUCAACGAGUUCAAAGACAAGCCGUACACUGAGCUCGCCAUGGCCACACUCGAUGAGAUACCACGAGAAAUAGUGAACUACUACUACAAAAAUCUGUCAGACAUGGAGUUCCUCCGCGGCCUCGGCGAGAUGCUGUUGACGGUCUCGACGGCGUUGGCCGCACGCGCUUCUGAGGACAACAUAGGCGGUCCCUUCGAACGGUUUCUGAAUCACUUGGGCCCAAAGCCACGGAAGGCGUUCCAUCGAAAGGUGGUAGGAGGAGUCGGCGCCGGCACAGCAAUCAUCGACGGAGAUCUGAUCCGAGACGCUCCCGCUCCCGUGUGGAUAAGGACAGAAUCAGGCAUGUGUAAGGUGUGCUUCGAGAAUACUACUAACACUACUCUACUACCAUGCAAACACCAAUGCAUGUGCUUCGACUGUGCUACUGGCGUCAGAGACAGCAGCGGCAAGUGUCCAUUGUGUCGUCAGGACAUCGACGCUGUUAUCGAGGCUAUACACUCUUGA